AUGAAGCCGGAGAUUUUCACAUCAGUCAGCGGAAUUUCGGCGGUGCCACUUGAACCUGGAUAUGGCAAGACGGAAGAGAAAGAAGUUCUUCUUCCAAACAAUCGACAGUACCAGAAGGUAGUUGGGCAGCUGUUAUACAUCGCAGUCAACAGCAGACCCGACAUCGCAGCGGCAAUUUCGAUCCUGAGUCGAAAGGUGAGUUGUCCAACCGAGCGUGACUGGACAGAGUUGAAGCGAAUGGUUCGUUACCUGAAGGGGACAGCAGAUCUGGAGCUUCGACUUAGUAGCAGUGACGAUUCUUCAGGUCUAGUCGGCUAUGCAGAUGCUGAUUGGGCAGAAUGUGUCAGCGAUCGGAAAUCGAACAGCGGAUAUGUGUUCCAGUACUGCGGAGGUACAAUUUCUUGGGCGUGUCGCAAGCAAACUUGUGUCUCAUUGUCUACAGCAGAGGCGGAGUUCGUUGAUGAGUUUAUAAUGAGCGUGUAG